AUGCAAGUAAUUCUUCUGCGUAGAGUUAUAUCGAAAGUGCUAGAAGUUGAUUACCCAUUUCUUUAUGACAAUGCCACUGAAUUUAUAACUGCUAAACCUGGCCAUCGGUCUAUUUUUAAUACAUUCUCAUCAGAUACAACAUUGAAAGUUGACCAAAUAAAAUAUUCGGAUGUAAUACAAUGCUUGUGGUGUUUUACGGACAGAGGUUUUAUGUCAGAUGAAGGUUGUUACAGCGUUUAUUACGAAUAUAAAAAAAUUACUGAUUGGGACUACCAUAACAAGCGAAUUCAAAUACCAAUAGCAGGAAUGCAGUUAAUAUGUAAAACUUGUGAAACGAGAGGCCGUGAUGCUCUUACUGAUGACAAAUGCAGGUUUGGCUCAAUUGAUGAUUACGUCGUUUGUGGACGAAAUCAGGUGUGCUACGUGAAUCAUGAUGAGGAAAGUGACUUUGUUACAAGAGGAUGUAUAAACACCCCAGCUUAUAAUUCCAUGUUUUACUUAUGUAAUAAUUCGUUGUGUAACUCUAAACCAUUCAAUAUACCUAAAAUACGUUCAGAACAAUUACUCUUAAAUGACAUGUCCCAUAAUCAUUCUAUUCAUACCAAGAGUACUGGUGUCACCACGCCAAAAGUCAAAAACCUAUUGCCUAAUUUUCGCCGACAAGUUGAAGAAAUUCCAGAAGAAUUUACGAAAGAGAAAAGUGAGGAUGACUCAAAUAUAAAUUUAGUUGCCUUCCUUGUUAAAAAUGCUAAAGAAAUAUUCGGUGAGACCUACGAUAAUACUGAUGUUGUAACUAAAAGCUCAGAAAUUACUGAAGGCACAACAUUUCGCCAAGAAACAACAUCACUCAAAGAUAGAAGAACAUUACCGGUAGACCGAACAUUUUUUGACGAGAAUACAUUUCUCGAAGAAAGACCAGCUCUCGAAGAAAGAACAAUACUCAAGGAGAAAACAAUAACUGAAGAAAAAAUAUGGCCUAAAGAAAGCACAUUUCCCCUAGCAAACAUAUUUACUGAAAGAGUAUCAUCUACAGAUGAAGAGACAUUUAAUAAAGAAGGAAUGUUACACGAAUUAGUGACGUCUUCUGUACCGUUUCCCGAAAAAACGUUAUUCGCCGUAAAACCAUCGAAAAAUCUGCUAAGAGAUCUAACCAAUAAUACGAUUACUGAUUUUACUACUGUAUGGUCACCAUCUUUAACAAAUCCAUUUGGUACUAUUUCAUCUACGACCACUACAACUACGACAAGUAUCCCUUACUCUAUCUCCAGUAACUCCUAUUCAGAAAAUCCAACAACGCAGUCAUACAAAUUACCCACAAGAACCACUGGUAUAUACUACACAAUAAAUGUUGAAUCAAUAAAAAGCGAAUUAUUGAACAUAACGAAUGUUCAAAUUAUUGAGAAAGGUAAAAACGAACCAAUUAUGCUUACUCGAAAACAAGACCACAUACAUGACGAUAUUUCUAUCUAUAAUGUACCAGUUGCUGGAAAAGAAAUGGCCUCACUAAAAAGAUCUUGUGUAGUUUGUAAUAAUAUUCAAAUGCACGAAUGCAAUGAACCUAAAAACAAAAUGCUUCCACAUACGCGUUGUGAAAACGAAGAAGAUUUGUGUUACACACAACAAACUCCUUUUGGCCUAAUAGAUCGAGGAUGUUUCAAUGUUAAUCAAAAUAUAACAACUUACGUUUGCUCCUGCAAUCUUUGCAAUUAUAUUCCGAUAUCCGAUAUGCCUUACAAAUUUUCUAAAAGGAAAGAUUGGCUUGACAACAUUAUUGAUAUAUCGAGAACAAGGGAUUUUCGCUCGUCUAUUUUUAAAAACAUGUCGUGCUUAAGUUGUGAAGUUAAUUAUACUUCACCUUCUUCCAUACUCUUGGAGCAUAUUAACUGCCAAGAUGGUAAUAUUGGAAUGUUACCAAAAGUACAAUGCGCUGAUGAUGAAAUUUGCGGCGUCAAGGCUCUCAAGAACAAAGGUUAUGUGUGGCGCGGUUGUCUCAGGAGUCCGCUCUACAACUACUGGUGGUCAUUAUGUGAUAGUGAUUUGUGUAAUACUGAUAACAUUGUAUCUUUAUACGACGAGAUUCGAUAA